GCCACCGCUGUGUUCCGGCUUAAUAACACCAGUGCGCGUGUUUUCAUUUGUUGUUGUCUGUCUCAGUCCGACGGCUGGGCCGAAUCGCCGAUAGCGCGGAUCCGGUGUGAGACAAUGUCGGAGCCGAGCGAGCGCAGUGAAAGCCCCGCCGGCACCGAGUCGCACCAGGACCACCAGGAGCGUCAGGAGCGCCAUGACAGCGGGGAGCGGGACGAUCGCCCGCCGCCGCGCAAGCGCCAGCGCGUGAGACUGUCGUGUCUCGAGUGCCGCCGGCGCAAGCUGUCGUGCGACCGCGAGUUCCCGUGCUCGCGCUGUCUGCAGUCCGGCACGCCGGAGCGGUGCGAGUACGAGACGCGCCCCGGCUUGGCGCCGCCGAACAAGCUCGGCCUGCCGCCAACCGCCCUGGCCGGGCUCGAUGCCCGCCUGUCGCUGCCGAGCACGGGCGGGGAAUCGCCCUAUUUCCGCAAGGAUGGCCGCGAGGCCGACCGCAUCCGCCGCCUCGAGCUCGAAGUCGCCCAGCUCAAGAGCCUCCUGACCAAGCAGAUCUCGUCGCUCGACGGCAGCACAGUCCAGGACCGGUCGCCUCCCGACCAUCCCAAGUCGGACGCCGACGCCGAGGCCGAGCACGAAGUGGUGCUGCCGCCGUUCUUGCAGACGCAGCAGACGUGUGCCGACAGGGAGGAGCUCCGCUUCUUCCGCGGCAAGGAGUUCAAGACGCGCUACUUCGGUCCGCACAGCGCAUUCCUGGCCUUUCAGGAGCUUACCGGGCUGUGCCCCUUCAUGAAGGAGACUUCCGAGGAGUGGCUGCGGCCGCUGUUCAUCCACAAACCCAAGGACCGCCUCCGGGGCGCCGAGGAGAGGGAGCGCAAGUUCCGCGCGCCGGAUCCCACUCUCGAGUCCCUCCUCCCUCCCCAGGAAGAAACGGAUACCCUGGUCAAUAUUUACUUGGAUCAGUUCGAGCAGGUCCACCGCAUCGUCCACAUCCCCAGCUUCCGCAGAGACUAUGCGAAGUUCUGGCUGCCGGGGGAAACCCGCAAUGCCGCCUUCACCGCGCUCGUCCUCGCCAUUAUGGCCAUCUCCAGCUGCCUCGGGACACACGGGCCGGGCAGGUUCGAGAAGAUGAUGUCCACGUCACAUGCCACUGCCAUCAAAUGGGUAGAGGCCGUGGAUCAGUGGCAGGAGCGGCAGAGCCAGAAACACCGCCGGCUGAUCCACUACCAGAUCGCCUGCCUCGUCUAUCUGGCCAAGAGGGUCAACACGGUGAAGAAGAAGCGCUUCUGGAAGAACGCGGGCGCCAUGACCCAGGACGCCGUCAGCGUCGGCCUACACCGCGAGCCCAGCCACAUGUGCGACAAGAUCUCGCCGUUCAUCCAGGAGAUGCGCCGCCGGAUAUGGGCCACCAUCCAGAGCUACGACCUGCAGGCCUCCUUCGACCACGGCCUGCCCUCGAUCCUCUGCUCGUUGCACUACGAUGUCAACCCGCCGCGCAACAUCGACGACGACGAGUUCGACGAGGACACCAAGGAACUUCCCCCUUCGCGGCCGCCGACCGAGUACACCUUCUCGUCCUACCAGCACAUCAGCCGCCACAGCCUGCCGCUCCGUCUCGAGCUCAGCCGCGUGCUGACGGGCCCGCCCGGCGAGCUCGACUACGACCGUGUGAUCCGCUACACCAACGAGAUCAACCAGGAAAUCGACUCCCUCCCGUCGUGGGACGUAGGCGACGCCUCCUCGUCGCAGAGCACGGUCCUCAAGAAGCCGCUGCUCGCCUACACGCUCCUGCACAUCCAGCUGCGGCAGUACAUCAUCCCGCUGCACCAGCCCUUCCUGCGCUUGCGCAAGGCCAACUCCAAGUACCAGUACUCGGAGAUCAUCUACUACAACGCGGCACGCGACAUGGUGCUGCUCAACGACCGGCUCGCGCAGCUGGGCAUCCGCACGCUCAACUUCUUCCGCGAGGACUGCCUGACGCUCGCCAUCAACCUGACGAGCGUCACUAUGCUGCAGCCGCGCGGCAGCACCAACAUGAUCAUGAUCAACAGCCAGCACACGCUGCAGCUGCUGGAGAAGUGCCUCGCCAUGAAGGAGGACCGCAUCCUGCGCUGCGGCAACAACGAGCCCUGGGGGUACAGCAUCAUGUGUGCCGCCUUUGGCCUGCUGGAGGCCCACCUGGGCACCAAGACCCCCGAGGCCGCCAAGGCGGCGAGUGCGGAGCGGUUCGUCACACUGCAUUACAAGCUGUUGGCCGGGCAGGAUCCGCCAGGGUCGAGUCAGCAGUCUGCUGCUACUGGUGGUGGUGGUGGUGGUGGUGGUGGGUGUUGUGGUGGUUCUGGUGCUGCGGGAGGGGUAGACCAGGGCAGGACGACGACGGCAGUGGCUUCUACACCGUAUGGACCGGUGCCGUCGGAGGUGUUUGUCAGGUCCAAGUCAGUCACUCCGUUCGCUCCGCCGUCUUCCCAGCAGGGUGGCGCAGCAGGGCAGCAGGUCGAGGUGCCCGGCACGCCGUGGUGGCUGCCAAACGCGGCGGACCCGUCUGCUAUCCCACAGGUUGGUGCUUUUCCCCCUCGUUGAAGGCUCUUUUCUAUUCUGACCACUGAAAUUCAAUUCUCCUUUGCCAGAUGCUGCCUCUUCAUCCGGAUUUCAGCCUCGAGACCCUGGGAUUCAGCCUCAAUGAGCUCUGGGGGACUGGCAACUUUGACUGGGACGCCAUCAUGUCGUGAUCCCUCUGCCUCUGCCUCCAUUAGGGUGUUGUAUUAUGGCACUUGGCGUGUCACGGUCGGCGUGAUGUUUGGCG